AUGACGGCCCUAGCUUUGCCGCAGCGUGCCCUCGAAGAAAUGGCUAGGGAGACAAUCCACGAUCGCAUUGUUGGUUGUCUCUUUGGCUCGGCUUUGGGCGACGCCAUCGGCCUAUAUACCGAGUUCCUUUCCGCAGAUACAGCUCGUCUCACAUACCUAUCACAAAAGUUCACUCUCUGUCCUCCAUCUGAAGCCACUCCCUUUCGUCGAGACGCGCAUCGGAACCCCAACGUUCCUGGAGAAUGGACAGACGACACCGAUCAUGCAAUGUGUAUACUGCUCUCCUUCUUACACAAAGACGGAAAGGAAAUGGACCCGCAAGACUUUGCUUCUCGCUUGCAUGUCUGGGUUAGAAUGGGCCUUCGCGCGUUAGAUACUCUGCCUUUGGGCCUGGGUCACACCGUGGGAGCUAUUGUUAGGAACCAGAUAUACCUCAAUGAUCCAGAAGGUACUGCGAGAAAACACUGGCAAAAUUCUAAUUACAACGUUGCGCCCAAUGGAAGCAUCAUGAGAACACACCCACUGGGACUCAUGUGUAUCAACAAGACACUCGAAGAAACUUUUCAGAUUGCCGCCGACUACUCUGUUGUUACGCACGUCGACCCAAGAUGUAUCAUUUCAUGUGCCGUCGGCACAGCGCUUAUCAGAGGUCUUAUACGGCAGGAAAUAUUCAAGGAGGAGCAUAUCGACGAUAUAGUUGGGAAAGGAAUCGCAUGGUAUUCCGCAUACCGACUGCGCCGAAUCGAAAAAGACGCCAACUGUAAAGACGAGCCAGAGCUAGACUUGGAGGAGCUGAACAAGCAUGUCAAAGCCAACGACCUUACUGAGCUUGAGCUCGACGACAUGUACAAGAUGGGAUAUACAUACAAGACAUUUGGUUCGGGCAUUCAUCUGCUGCGCCUCGCCAUGAGAAAGGUUGCUGCCUCGGAGAGCAGUCUUUCCACACGAAUGUCUAUUUUCGAGACCCUCAUAACCGAUCUCAUCAUGCGAGGUGGUGAUGCUGAUACGAAUGCAUGCUUUGCUGGUGCUCUUCUUGGGGCAUACCUUGGCUACAAAGUGCUUCCAUCACAUUGGAGAGAUGGCCUGAAACACGGCGACUGGCUCAUGGGGAAAGCAGAGGGGCUAAGUAUUUUGCUAGGAGUCGGACAAGGUACAUAUAGCGGUUCGGAGGAUAAGGAUACAGCGCCUGAUGGAGGCAGAGGAUGGUUGACGGAGAGCCAGAUUGAGAGGAAGGUGAUGAUGUUGCAAGCUGAUAUGGUCAAGAGAGGGCAAGAAAGAGAUAGACAAGAAGAAGCAGAAGAGCGGCGAGCAGAGAAAAAGCGAACAGAGAGAAAGAGAGAAAAGAGAGCAACGUGGCUGGGUGGCAUAGGUGGACGAGGAUAA